AUGGAUGUGGUAGGGGAAAACGAGGCCCUGCAGCAGUUCUUUGAAGCUCACGGGACCAGUGACAGUCUGGGGAACCCGACGCUGGAUACAAGUCUGCUGGAGGAAUUCUUGGGCAAUGAUUUCGAUCUGGGGGCCUUGCAAGGGCAGCUUCCGGAUACUCCACCUUAUUCUGCAUCAGACUCCUGUUCUCCUCCGCAGAUCAAAGGUGCAUGCUGCCCAGCGGUGAGACCUGCAGCCGGGAGGACUCUAGCUACUUUUCUCCACUCCGCGGCUGCACCUGACUCGCUGCCUGCGCAGCUGCCGCAGAGCUCGCGUGAAAUGAGCAACUCUGCCCGCACCCACAGCGGCGUCCACAACUGCUAUCCAGGCUCCGGUCAUCUUACGACCCCCCCGGACCAUUGCGUGUCCUGCCGUCCGGGGAUAAGCCGUUCUUACCAUCAGCAGCCUCUGUGCCACAGCCCUGGAGCCUCGUUGCCACCAACCAAGAAGAGGAAGUGCACACAGGCGCUGGAGGAUUCCGGGGACCAUCAAGUGUGGGCCCACUGCUCCAGACCAAUGACAAAUAGGAGUCACAGCAGUGAAGUGCAAGACUACGACGGUGAGGGACAGAACAUGAUGCCUGUGGACCAGUGUUCUCCUACUCUGAAGUGGCAGCCGUAUCAAAGUGUUCCUUGGCACAGUUUGUUGAAUGGUCAUUACGAGAAACUACCCGAUGUAGGUUAUCGAGUUAUCACAGACAAAGGAUUUAAUUUUUCACCAGCAGAUGAAGCUUUUGUUUGCCAAAAGAAAAACCAUUUUCAGAUAACCAUCCAUAUCCAAGUUUGGGGAAGUCCAAAAUUUGUCCAAACCCAAAUGGGCCUAAAGCCAAUAGAAAUGUUUUACUUGAAAGCUUUUGGGGUUAAGGUAGAAGCCACCAGUCAAAUAAUUGCUAUUGAACAAUCCCAAGCAGAUAGAAGCAAAAAGAUUUUCAAUCCUGUUAAAAUCGACCUGCUAGCCGACCAGGUCACCAAAAUUACAUUGGGCCGCUUACACUUCAGUGAAACUACAGCAAAUAACAUGAGGAAGAAGGGAAAACCAAAUCCUGACCAGAGGUACUUCAUGUUGGUGGUUGGACUGUAUGCUGCUAACCAAGACCAGUUCUAUCUAUUGUCUGCCCACAUCUCUGAACGGAUCAUUGUAAGGGCCUCUAACCCUGGGCAGUUUGAAAAUGACAGUGAUGCAUUAUGGCAGCGAGGACAAGUUCCAGAAUCUGUUGUUUGUCAUGGUCGAGUGGGAAUCAAUACAGAUGCGCCGGAUGAGGCCCUGGUCGUCUGUGGCAACAUGAAAGUGAUGGGGACAAUUAUGCAUCCCUCUGACAGCAGGGCAAAGCACAAUAUCCAGGAGGUUGACACAAAUGAGCAGCUGAGACGAAUAGCCCAAAUGAGGAUUGUUGAAUACGACUACAAACCAGAGUUUGCAUCUUCAAUGGGAAUAAACACUGCCCAUCAAACAGGAAUGAUCGCCCAGGAGGUACGAGAGAUCCUGCCCAGAGCUGUAAAAGAGGUCGGUAAUGUCAUCUGUGAAAAUGGGGAGACGCUGGAGAACUUCCUCAUGGUCGAUAAGGACCAGAUCUUUAUGGAAAAUGUGGGCGCAGUGAAGCAGCUCUGCAAACUAACAAACAACCUUGAAGAAAGAAUAGAAGAGUUAGAAAUAUGGAACAGAAAGCUGGCCAGGCUAAAGCGGCUCAGUAGUUUGAAGUCUUCAGCCAGUGAAGCAAGCUCCAUCAGCAAAUUUAGCAGAGCUGUUAGUGCAUCUUCUCCAAGAAAGGCCAUUCCCAAAAAAACCAACAAGGUUUAUUUUUCAGGAAAAAACCAAUUGUGUCCUAACUGGAUUUUCCAGACCUUGGUUAUAACUCUCAUUGCUGUGAUGGCCUUUUGUGCCUUGACGAUAGUCUCCCUUUACAUCCUUAGCUUAAAAGAUCAAGACCGACAUGCCCCAAAUCUCUCUCUGAGCAACAUCACAAGCUCUCAGGAGCCAGCCCUGCCACCCACAGCCUCCCCCUCAGCACCUAAUACAUCUCUGGCAACCACACAGUCCUCCUUCCGAGUACCAGAAAUCACUUUCUGUGAGAUUCUGCCUUGUCAGGAGACUUACUGCUGCCCCAUCUGGGGAAACAGAAGAGUCCUCUCAAGUCUUGUGCAAAGGCGUUCCAACGAGGAAUUCCAUCAGAGGCCGUGGGCAGAAGACAGAAGCAUGUCAUUCCUGGCAAGAGAUGCGCUAACCAGCCCUGACUGGGGGACUGACUGGAUUGACACAACCAUUAGUUCUAUUCAGAUUAUGGAAAUCCAGCAAGUAAUAGAUCAUCGGUAUUGCAAUGGAGACCACCAGUGCGGCUCUGGAAACUACAAUUACAAUAUUCCUGUUAAUAAGCACACACCUGCCAAUGUCAAAUUCUCUCUGGAAAUCAACACAACAGAACCAUUGAUAGUCUUCCAAUGCAAUUUCACCCUCGGAAAUAUAUGUUUCCAUAGUAAAAGGGAAGCCAAAGGGAUACAAAGCCACCAAGAGGUCUCCCAGGAGAUGACACAGGGCUAUCAGCACAUUUGGAGCCUCCCUGUAGCCCCAUUCUUUGAUAGCACAUACCACUUCCGUGUAGCUGCACCGGAUUUAGCUGACUGUUCAACGGACCCUUAUUUUGCUGGGAUAUUCUUUACAGAUUACUUCUUUUACUUCUAUCGGCACUGUGUCUGAUGUAUUCGAAUUUGGUUGAGGACUUCGCCAAGGAAAAAUACUCAAAGAUACGGCGAACAGAAACAUAACUUCUUGCAAUCUCCUUCUUCUCUUUGUAAAACAUUCACAUUUAUUGCCAUAGGGCUUUUUCAAGCUUUGGCUUCUGACAGUU